AUGUCCACGACACGCGCAGAUCCUGCGUCCCUAGACCUUAUGUUCCCUCAAGAGCUCAUUUCACUUGAUGUUUCAGCACAGCUUCCCUCUGAUCUCCAGAUGCGUCCGCUUGCGUCAACAGACUACAAACGCGGACAUCUCGAUGUCCUUUCCGUUCUAUCUGGCGUCAACGACCUCGGCGAGGUAGCGUGGAUCGACCAGUUCCACGCCAUGCGCGCAACCCCAAGCGCACGCUUUCCCAUUGUCGUGCUCGACAAGGCGAGCGACAAGAUCGUCGGAGUAGGCACUGUCUUCAUCUAUCGCAAGUUCCUCCGCAGUCUUGCCAGCAUCGGUUAUAUCGAGGAUACCGCUGUCGCCAAAAGCCACCAGGGCAAGAAGCUUGGCCUCCGCAUCAUUCAGGCCCUCACAUAUAAGUGA